CCUUUUAUGAGUACAAAUAGGGAUAUAAAGCCUUUUAAUUCCACACGUGAUGGUGUCUAGCAUCUUUUUUUUUUCUUGUGUCUUAUCAUUUUAAACGAACUUAAGUCGAGACAAAAGUUUCCCAUGAGAUAAACUUUAAACUAAUGUUCUGUUUAUGAUUAAGGUGGUUUAAGUUUCCAAAAAAUAGAAGAUACCUUUAGGUAUACUUUACUGCAUGUAUGUGGCCCCUUUAAAUAUACCUUGUCGGCUUAAUCUUAAUAUUCAACAUGUAUAACAUUACUUUCAUAGCUAUAAAAUAGCUCUUAUCUCACAUAUCAGAGGCGAAUUUUUCAUAUCAGCCGGUAGUCUCCACGCGACAAGUUAGUAUCUUUCAGAAGUUUAAGGUGCGCGGACAUAAAACUUUUUAAUUUUUUGCACCAAAAAUAAGGAGAGCCGUUCUAAUUAAAAAUAUAUUUUAAUAAACUCAUUACAACUACGCUUUCAAUUGCUGGUUAUUGUUUCACUACUAGCAAAUCCUGAUAAGAUAAAACACCUUCACAAAGUUUGGAAAUUCUGACUUUCAUUUUAUUUUACCGAGUCUAUUGACCUACAUUUUCGGUGCGGUUGGAUGUACUCUAGAAAUUUAUUUAAAAAUCACAAGUUUCUAGCUGGUGUGUAAUAUGCAGUCGGUAAAGACUGAAGAUCUCCCAGAGAAUCCUCGAGAGCGAUCAAAUUGUAUUACGUCAUUAUGGUUUUGGUAUACCAUGCCCAUAUUUUUUAAAGGGUCUAAAGAUUCAUUGGGUACAAAGGACCUUUACAGACCCUUGAAGGAGCAUAAGUCAGAUACUCUCGGCAACAAAUUGUGCGCCUCGUGGGAGCAAGAAUUGAGAAAUCCCAAUGGAAAGCCGAACCUUCUAAGGGCCCUGCUGCGGGUUUUUGGCUGGCAAAUGGGAUUCCCCGGUCUGGCAAUUUUGGUUGAGGAGCUGGGUCUGAGAACUUUCCUGCCGAUCUUCUUGGUGAAGUUUAUUUCGUAUUUCACAAACAACUCAGAAUCCGUUGAGAUGGGCUAUUUUUAUGCGGGCUUACUGACACUAAGUAUUGCCCUCAGUGUGAUGAUCAUAACUCCUGCCAUGUUUGACGUCCAUCAUGUGUGCUUUAAGAUGCGGGUCGCCUUGAGCAGCAUGAUCUACCGGAAGUCCCUUCGACUGAGCAAGAGGGCACUGGGCGACACCAUGUCCGGACAUGUGGUCAACCUAAUCUCCAACGACGUCUCCCGCCUGGACGAUGGAAUCUUCUACUUGCACUAUCUUUUGGUGGGGCCAUUGGAAGCUCUGCUGGUUACCUACUUGAUGUACCAGAAGAUUGGAAUCGCAGCCGUGUUCGGCGUGAUCUUCAUGGUGCUCUUCAUACCCCUGCAGAUGUAUCUAGGCACAAAGACCUCAGAGCUGCAGCUGAAGGCCUCUGAAAGAACUGACAACCGGAUGCGGAUGGUGAAUGAGAUCAUCUCCGGCAUCCAAGUGCUGAAGAUGUACGCCUGGGAACGGCCCUUCGAGAAGAUGGUGGCUUUCGCGCGACAGAAGGAGGUCAAUGCUAUUCGCCAGGGACAGUACAUUAAAGGCUUCCGCUUUGCCAGCAGAGUCAUCCUCCCGCGCAUUUCCAUAUUCCUGAGUUUGGUUGGCUACGUGAUCCUGGGACAGUUUCUCACGCCGGAAGUGGCCUUUCUGAUCACCGCCUUCUACAACAUACUUCAAGCCUCCAUGACCAUAUUUUUUUCUAUGGCCAUCAUCCAAACAGCCCAAAUCCUGGCAUCAAUCGACCGUGUACAGAAGUUUAUGCAAUCCGAGGAGGUAAAUGAGACGGAUAAGGGUGAAAAGCUACCGAAAUAUUCCGUCAUUGCUGAAGAGGAAAGUAUUUUACCUCCAUCCCCCUCCGUCAUUUAUCAAGAGACCAGUUUACCAAAGCCUGGUAUCUCUAUUACCGGACUCAGGGCCAAAUGGGAUCGCGAUUCGCAUGACAAUACACUUAGUGGGGUAAGUCUGCAGAUUCAGCCCGGGACUAUAGUGGCGGUCAUGGGUCCCACUGGUUCCGGCAAAUCGAGUCUCAUCCAGGCCAUUCUCGGCGAGCUCAAAGCAGAUGCCGGCCAGAUAAAGGUUAAUGGAUCCAUGUCUUAUGCCCCCCAAGAACCAUGGCUCUUUUCCGGCACCGUGCGCCAAAAUAUUCUUUUCGGUCAGCCCAUGGAUCAUCAGCGGUACGCCAAAGUGGUAGAGAACUGUGCCCUGACGAGGGAUUUCGAGCUUCUUCCACUCAAGGACAAAACGAUGGUUGGAGAGCGGGGAGCUUCCCUGUCUGGUGGACAGAGGGCAAGGAUCAGUUUGGCGAGGGCUGUCUACCGGGAAGCGUCCAUCUACUUACUGGACGAUCCAUUAAGUGCAGUGGACCCCCAUGUGGCCCGCCAUCUCUUCGAGCAGUGCGUGCGUGGCUUCUUGCGGGGCAGCACCGUAGUUCUGGUUACCCAUCAACUGCAGUUCCUGCAGCACGCGGAUCAGAUUGUGAUCUUGGAGAAGGGACAGGCGAGUGCUGUGGGCACCUACGAGUCGCUCCUUAAAACAGACAUCGACUUUGUCGCCAUACUGGAAGAAGCGGAUAAGGAAGAUGAUCAUGAGAAGGAACGACCACGUUCAGACAGCAAUGGUAAAUCCCCCAACGAAGUGCGUCGCAACAGUGCGAAAAGUGUGCAGUCGAAGAUCAAUAAGGAGAGCCAGCAAUCAGGUAAUAUCAGUCUGGCAUUAUACAGGAAGUACUUCCAGGCUGGCGGCGGACUUUUCGCUUUCCUUCUAAUGGUGACCUGCUCUGUGCUGGCGCAGGUGGUGGUUUCCUUGGGCGACUACUUCCUGAUUUACUGGGUCGACAAAAAGCACAAUGUUGCUGUCCUAGGAGAACCCCAGAAUAUGGACUCUGAAAUCAAGGAUGUAAACAUAUUUACGCUGAUCAUAAUAUUGUCCAUUAUAAUGACCUUAUCGUCAUCGAUCUUGUUGUACAACAUCGCCAAGAAAGCUUCUAUUCGUUUGCACAACACCAUAUUCAACCGGAUUACGCGCGCUCCAAUGUACUUUUUUAGCUUGAAUGAACUCGGGAGUAUUUUGAAUCGGUUUUCCAAGGAUAUGAGUCAAGUGGACGAGACCCUUCCUCAUGUGAUAAUAGAUGUUACCCAGAUUUUUUUGUGGCUCGCCGGAAUUAUAAGCCUCGUGGCCAUUGUCAACCCUGUUUUGCUUGCACCAACAUUUAUUCUGGGAAUAAUUUUCUAUCAGCUGCGAAACUUCUAUCUUAAAACCUCAAGGGACUUGAAGCGUAUUGAAGCAAUAACCCGAUCUCCAGUAUACUCCCAUUUGGCUGCCUCCUUAACCGGUCUGUCCACCAUCCGUGCCUUCGAAGCUCAGCGCAUCCUAGAGGCCGAGUUCGACAACUACCAGGACAUGCAUAGCUCGGCACGCUUUAUGUUCAUUAGUACCUCGAACGCCUUUGGUUAUUGGAUGGACUGCUUAUGUGUUAUUUACAUAGGUAUCAUUACAAUCAGUUUCUUCAUCUUUCCCCCAGACAACGGAGGCGCUGUGGGUCUCGCCAUAACACAGGCCACAGGACUGAUGGGAAUGGUGCAGUGGGGAAUGCGUCAAUCCGCCGAGCUGGAGAACACGAUAACGGCCGUUGAGCGAGUGGUUGAGUACGAGGGCAUUGAGCCGGAGGGAGCAUUGGAGUCCCCAGACGAAAAGAAGCCACCUAAGUCGUGGCCAGAGCAAGGAAAGAUAGAGUUUGAUGAGCUGAGCCUGCGCUACUUGCCGGAUCCGAAAGCGGAGACUGUGCUCAAGUCACUUAGUUUCGUCAUCAAGCCAAAAGAAAAGGUGGGCAUCGUGGGACGCACUGGGGCGGGCAAGUCCUCGCUGAUUAACGCCCUCUUCCGACUGUCCUUCAACGAUGGAACCGUGCUCAUAGACAAGAGGGACACAAGUGAGAUGGGUCUGCACGACCUGCGCAGCAAGAUCUCCAUUAUUCCCCAGGAACCCGUUCUGUUCUCUGGCACAAUGCGACACAACUUGGAUCCCUUCGACGAGUACAGCGAUGAGAAGCUGUGGCACUCCUUGGAGGAGGUCAAGAUGAAGGAUGUGGUGGCCAAUCUGGCCACUGGCCUAGAGACCAAGGUCACCGAGGGAGGAACUAACUUCAGCGUGGGCCAGCGCCAGUUGGUCUGCUUGGCUCGGGCCAUUCUGCGCGAGAAUAGAAUCCUUGUGAUGGACGAGGCCACGGCCAAUGUGGAUCCCCAGACGGACAGCCUCAUCCAGGCAACCAUUCGGAACAAGUUCAAGGAGUGCACUGUCCUGACGAUUGCCCAUCGACUGCACUCCAUCAUGGAUUCCGACAAGGUACUGGUUAUGGACGCUGGACGCGCUGUGGAGUUUGGGUCGCCCUAUGAGCUCCUGACCGCGGCGGAUUCCAAGGUGUUCCACGGCAUGGUCAAGCAGACGGGACAUGCCACCUACGAGGAUCUGCUGAAAGUCGCACAAAAGGCCUUCGAAAGCGUCCAGAACUGAAAUAGUUCUUCAUGAGAUGAAACUAUAGAAAUAUGUUCUUGUC